AAAGAUUCUAAGUUAAAAUCUUAAGCGUAGCGAGGAAAAAUCAACACUUGCAAGAAAAACCAACUUUCCUCUCUUGUUGCACAAAUAACUAUAGUGCCGGUUUUUGUUAAAAUAGGUCGAGUAUGACUAUAGAUUUACCUAUUAACCCACAUAUCAUUACCUACGUACAUACAAACGACCCUGUAGCAAAUAAAAAGUAAAAACAAUAUUAGGUUCUGUUAAAAAUAGACACGUAGAGUUCUGUAUAUAUUUAAAAAUACCUUACAACCAUUAAGUAUAAUUAAUUUAAUAAUUCCCUAUUUUCCUACAUACUAAUCAACAGGAAAUUUACCGAAAUAAAUGCUGACUUUGCCUUAUUCAUUACACACAGUAUUCGAAUUAUCAUGUUUGAAAAUGUCGUCUAAAGCAAUAGUGUGUUGUGCUUCUAUUUUAUUCUUUUUAAUUUUUUUAGAGCGUAAUCGCUAUCUUCCAAACAAUGUCGUUAUCAACAUGUAUUUUAAAAGUGAAUUUAGAGGUCGAGAAAUUGUGAAGAGGAAAUUAUUUGCAGACUAUUUGAAGAGGUUCAAUAAAUCGUACGGCCCUGACGAAAUUCAUAAAAGGUUCCAAAAUUUCAAGAAAAGCCUCAAAAAAAUUGAGAGACUGAACGACGGCAAAAAUGACGCUGUGUUUGGCGUCACCAAGUUCUCGGACUGGUCGAGACAGGAGUUGCAGCAAAUGUUGUCCCCGGAGUUCAGAAGCGGCUGUGAACCAAUAGCACUUCCCUGCGAUCCUUGCGGGUCGAAAAGAAAUUGGAGCCUUGCAGAGACCAAUGAUGGAAAAAUGCGAAAAAGCUUGUCAACUGGUAAAACACGGACCUUUGGAAAGAGAGGGAAAGGGACUAUUAAAUAUGGAAAAAUAAGAAAAAGAUUGGAUUGGCGAGAACGGGGCGUAGUGGGACCGGUCGUAGACCAAGGGCGUUGUCAAAUAUGCUGGGCUGUCGCCAUAGCGGGGGUCAUGGCGUCCAGGGCCGCUAUUCGCAGCCACAGCUACCAUGACUUGAGCAUUCAGCAACUUAUAGACUGUUCCUAUUACCACGAAGAAGACAAAAGAGAGUGCGGAAGAGGAAGGCCCCUGAUCGACGUAUUCAAGUUCCUAUGCACCAAAUGCACAAAGCUAGCAACAGAUGUCGACUACCCUUUCACUAAUGUUGAUGAAAAGUGCAAACAUAUCCCUGGAGUUAUUAGUUUGAAGGGCUUUAACAAUGAGUGUAAUAUGCAAGACGACGAAACGAAGUUAGUAAAAGCUUUGAACGACGGCCCGGUGACGGCGCUGGUUUGGUCAGAACUGUUAUUCAACUACGACAGUGGUGUCAUCAAUUGGCAUUGCCAGGCUAAAGAAGACAUGGUAAAACAUGCCGUGCAAAUCGUAGGUUACGACACGACCAGUAACCCGCCCUACUAUAUCGUCAAGAACUCUUGGGGGAAUGAUUGGGGAGAGGAGGGGUAUGUGAGACUCGCCAUUGGAGGCAACCAGUGUGGAAUUGCCUAUUCCAUUGGGAUAUUAGAAGUUUAAAUAUUUUACUUGUAGUUUUAUGAUAGGAUAUAUAGUUGGAACGUUUAACCCGUUUUCCCACCCAACCCAUUUUUCUGUUUUGCUCACUGGUAGAGAAUGCCAUGAGGCAUUAAGUCCGCCAUUUGCACCUUUUCAGAUGUGCAAUAGCGUUUAAAAUAAAUAAAUAUCUCGAUAGAUUUAGGUGUAUUCAUGACCGCAUUUAUAAGAAUAAGAAACCAUUUAUUGCCACACAAUAAAAAAACAGAUAGGUCACAAAGUACAAAGAUCAGAAGUAUAAGAAGAACAAAGGAACGGGCUCACGCUCAGCCAUUUCAUUACAAAUUGACUGCGCAGCGCUGAUUUUCAGUCCGUCCCCUUCACUGAACCAAAUUUUUAUGACAUGCGGAUUAAUGUAUUAAGUAUGUAUAUGUAUGUAUUUAGAGACUAAAAUGUCAUAAUUUUUUCUGAUUUCGGUCUUGUUUUAGAAAUAAUGGCAAUUCUUGUGAAAAUUUAGACAUAUACCUACUGACAGACAUUAAAGUUUUAAAGGAAACUCGCAAAAUGUAUCUGUAAAUAAGAAAAAAAAACUAUUUAUUCAUUGUAAUGUUUUUCAAUCAAAACACACACACACACAAACACACGCACACGCACACUUUAUUUUUUCCGAUUUCGAAUUCGAUCUGUCGGGUUACUCGUUCCCACGCUUUGUGACGCAGCGGCUUACGUGAGCGAAUAACUCGCGAACGCGAAGCGGCGCGGCGCGGCGCGGUGCGGUGCGGUGCGGUGCGGUGGCCCACGCCACGACAAUCGCGCAACGAGAUCGCCCACGUAGGACACUUCCAUAGGUAUCAAAGAAUUGAUUCACCCGCGCCGCGCCGCUAUACGCUCACGUAAGCCCCUGCGCGUAACAGCGCGACUCGUAACAGUGUAUAAUUUUGUCUCAGGUGAUGUCAUCUAGUAGAUAGAAACGGCGAGCGAACUGUAGGCUCAGCAUGGUCGCAUUUUUAUCACCUGUCACUAUACUAGUCACUUUCACACUUACAUACUUGUCAGAACG